GUCACUUUGACCAGCAGCCACCAGCAUCUACGAUCUGCGGGCCAUCCCUACUUCGCAUCCCUCUCCCAUCCUGACUAUUCCCCCCUCUGGCCAAGGCCUAUGGUCAAUGGUUCUCGUCUCAUGAUCUUGAGGUCGCCGGAUCAUAAGCGAAGCGUCGCUAUAGCCAGUUCCCUCCCACAACACUUACGAGACCGUCGAUCCGAGACCACCGACUUGGUAGACCUGCUGUUAGACGGGUCCUCACCUAGUUAAUUCAACUCGCCCUUCCCAUUCCAGUCACUCCGACCACAAAUAAGCCUCUGUAUGGAAAACCCGGGAUUUAGGACCAACCAGCGACUUUCGGACAUCGCCAACAAACCCGCAAGUGAUUCGGACACUGGAUAGCUUUCCGUCGCAAAGAGAGCGCGACCGGCCGCCGCUCACCUUGUUUGCACUGGUGAAUCGGUUCCAUAGCGAUGCAGCGAGUCUCGUCCUUGCUCCCAAGCUGGGAUCGUAACAGGUCCAGCGCCAGCAGUAUCACCAACGGCCAUGCCCGCAAGAACAGUGUCGACAAGGUACGCGGCUGGGCUGAUAGGAUCCCAUCUCGUUCCUCCCGACUAGCCAAGGAAGCGUUCUGGCCUACGACGCUUGAUAAAGAAUGUGAAAAGGCGGCUCGCAUAUUGAAGUCGUUUUGCAAUGAUGGUUUCUCAACACCUGAUGACCGACCUGGGAGUCCCUUGACGUCGUCUAGUAUGCAGUCGUCGAGUAGAAUAUUGAAAAAAAUCCCCCCGCGGUUAAUACAAAAUGCCGUUGGAUUAGCUGUUUUCACAUCGAUGCGAUCGGGGCUGUGGACCUCGGGCUCAGGCGGUAGCGGGAUCCUAGUCGCGCGGAAGACCGAUGGCUCAUGGUCUCCGCCCUCCGGUCUGGUGCUUCAGACGCCGAGCCUAGGUUUUGUCAUUGGGGUAGACAUUUACGACUGCGUUCUUAUUAUCAACAAUUUCAAUGUACUUGAAGCCUUUGCACGGCCGAAGCUGACCCUCGGGACAGACGUAACGUUGACCACUGGUCCGUUGGUAUCAUUAGGCCUACUUGAAAACGAUGUUACAUGGACUGAUUUGAGUGAUGCGGCUAUCACAUACGUGAAGGCGAAGGGCCAAUUUUCCGAAGUCAAAUUGGAGGGCACAGUCAUUCAAGAGCGGAGGGAGGAGAACGAAAGAUUUUAUGGCAUGACGUUGGGUGUUGCAAAGAUAUUGUCAGGGGAUAUCAACCAAAGCCUACCGCAGGUACGACCUCUGACGGAGGUUUUGAAAGCUGCAGAGGGGCGGGUUGACUACGAUACAACCUUGGUCGAGUCCCUUUCUUCCCAGCCUGCUCCAAGUGACGCUACUAUUGAACACUCGGUCGCAACGCACUUAUCGCAUAGCUUUGGAGUCCCUACUCUCGAAGACCCGGACCCCUUCGGUGUUAUGGCUUUGGAGAUGGCUGGAGUGGGUAUUCGCGAAGCAGGAACACAUCUACGCCCUGAGAGUAGCCAGUUUGAGUAUCACCCAAGCCCGACCAGCCCAGCCUUCCCCAGAGGCAAGCGAGGGAGUGUUGAUACAGCUAUGUCGCGUAGUAAUCGAGGUAGCUACAUGUCCAACAAGACUGUCGGUACCGAGAAGAGCCAGACUACCGAUGCCUAUACUCAAACCUUCUCAGCGACUCCAGAAACAACACCGUCUCAUAGUCAAAGUCAGAGUGAAGAUGGUCAUCAGCGGCACUCGACUGAUGAAGUUCAGGAACGCAAGGAUCCCGUAGAAGUUGAUUAUACUAAGAUUGACAUUAGCUCCCUGCGUAAACUCUCUAGUUUUCCUGACUUGGAAGAGACGACACCCGUGGCGACACAAGAUAGUACCAGCACGAUGACGAUAGGCAUUGAUGCAAGGGAGAAUAACAAGAACUUCGAGGAAAAUGAAUCAAAAAAGGACCAGGCCGAAGAUCGCAGUCCCACCCCCGCAAUUAAUAACGAUAAUGAAAGUUAUGCGGAUGACGAAGAGGAUGAAGACAGUAGCGUCCACGGCACAGAUGACAAUGACAUUGAAAAUGAUGGGGAUUACGAUUGCGAUGACGAAUCAGACGAGGAGGAGGAAGCAGUUGUCUUUGAGGUUGCCACAGCACAAGCUCCAACUCGGGUGGCUAUGGUCGGCACUCCAGUGUUACAAGCUAAAGGGGCCGUAGUCAACAUUCCAAAAAGAAUACCGCCACCGCUCCCAACCAGGAGUCCUGCGCGCGCUUCGCGGAGGCGGAGUCAGAUGGUCGACGUCGGUAGCAUGGCGGGCAGCCCUUUGAGGAAGGAAUUCGACCCCAUUGAGGUUUCAGGUGGUGCUACGCCCAGGGCAUCCAAGAUCUUAGAACCUACAAGCGACACUAAAAGUCACGACAUGACGGAAAAUGAUGAUAUGGCUGAGAUUAAAAUUCUCGAGAAUUCCACAGAUUCAGAAUCAACUUUGGCCCAUGAGAUUCAGGAGCGGUCCGUAAAACGAUCUAGCCAUAUUGUGCAGGGCUCCAUGACGAAAGAGCAGCGCGAUCUACGUGCUGUCCAUAAAGCGACAGCCUCAAUUGCUUAACAUGAGUGGCAUCUUUGCUAACUCCGCACCCAGUUUAUGUACGAAAGGAAAACGGUCUUCUUCAGUCACUAGCAGGUUAUGGGGUCUCGGGCAAACAUCGAUCGGCGCAAUUUGGAAGGCUAUUUGUAUCAUCAGGGAAAGGGUUACACCAGGUGCCUCCGGCUUUGAGGUAUGGGUCUUGACAAAAGGGUUUAUUUCAUUAACAAGCAGGGAGCGACAGCAUCAUAUCAAUACCCUGAACAGCAUUGUUUAUUUACCAUUGUUUACAUGAUUGUACAUAUUCUACCUAAUCUUAAACAGGACAUUACUUGCGAGCGCUGGAUGAGGGGAGGCCUGUGUUUAUGUGUCAUUGAAAUGGUUCUCGCAAGGUACUUGUUCGUACCCUGUUUUCGAAGCUAGGUUGGAAGCAUGACGACGGGGAGCGCAGUAAAGGUACCAUUGGGGAUGAAGUGAAAAUUUCAUAGAGAUAGUAGGUAGACUAGAUCAACCUGUGCCUGUUGCUGUGGUACCUCGGUACCAGCUGUUCAUCCGUUGUCGCUGAUUAUACACCAGUGUCAAUUUUGGAAUAAACACGAUGUCAAUCAAU